UCGAUCAAUAUUAUAAGAGAGAGAAGUCAAAUAUAUACUAAUUACUUAAGGUAUGGCAACGGAGGGAAGGCCAUUUGCAGCAACAGCUAAUCGGGUUUAUGAGGAUAUUGAACUACCGUCAUCAGCAGAGUGGGUUCAAGACGAAGGAUAUGAAACUCUCAUUGUCAAUCUACAGGGAUAUAAGAAGGAGAAUCUGAGGAUCCAAGUAACCUCAACUCGAAACAUAAGGGUGCUCGGUGAACGCCCAGUUCGUCCGGAAAACAAUGUAUGGCAGCGCUUCCGCAAAGAAAUUCAAGUUCCAUCAAACUGUGAUGUUAAUGAAACCUCUGCCAGGUUUGACAACGGAUUCCUUUACGUCAAGAUUUCGAAAACCAUAGCUCCGGUCGAGACAGCAGCACAAAAGGAUCAGAAACCACUAAAGCCAGCAACUGAAAAACCACCACCACCCGCAGAAGCAAAAAUUCCAAAGCCUCAAAAGCCUAGAUGGGAAGAAUAA